AAAGCCGGUACCACCACAUUCAUCAAACAACUUCCAACAUUUCGACUUUCAAUUCUCACACAUGGCGUUUGUUCGAUUGGUUAUUUGUGUGGUUGGUAUCUAUGCUAGUUUCCUCUCCUGGGCAUUGAUUCAAGAGAGACUUUCCACCACUCCGUAUGAGGAUCCGUCAGGUGGUAAACCUAAAUAUUUCAAAUCGGUUAUAUUCUUGAAUACUAUCCAAAGUGGAUUCAGUGCUACGGCCGCACUGAUCUAUCUCCUCUUGAAGAAGAAUUCAUCCCAAUCGAUCCUACAAGUACUCGGAUUGACAAACCCAACCCCAUCUAAAGCCGAGAAAACCCCCAAGCAACCCAAUUCAAGACUCGCCCCCAAAGAUCAAAACAGAUUGGCCUUAUUAGGACGUUGUUUACAAUGUGCAAUCUUGAACUCGCUCGGAUCUCCCUUUGGUUACGCUUCACUCAAGCACAUCGAUUAUCCUACUAUGAUCCUUGGCAAGUCAUGUAAACUCGUGCCGGUCAUGAUUAUGAACAUCAUCUUAUAUCGACGAAAGUUUGCCAUUCACAAAUACAUCGUCGUCGGGAUGGUCACCGUUGGAAUUAGCUUGUUCAUGCUAUUUGCCGAUCAUGGUUCAAAAGCCAGUAAAGGAGCUCAGCAGAGUAGUCUAUUUGGUUUAACCUUAUUAUUGAUCAAUCUACUCAUCGACGGGGCGACAAAUUCCACUCAGGAUGAAAUCUUCAGUCGAUUUACGAUCAGUGGCUCCCAGCUGAUGUUUAUCAUGAACGCCUUGGCCACAAUCAUCACUCUAGCUGCCCUACAAGCACCCCUCCCAACUGCUAUCUCCUCAUUCUUUGGUACAUCAAACAGUUCCGGUAACGAAUUUACUGUAGCGAUAGAGUUCAUCAAAUCAUACCCAAAAGUCCUUCAAGACAUCUUACUCUUCUCUUCAGCCGGAGCGAUUGGACAACUAUUCAUCUUCGAAACUCUCUCCCAUUUCGGAUCACUCACUCUUGUCACUAUCACCGUCACUCGGAAAUUAUUUACCAUGCUGUUGAGCGUGUUUUUCUUCGAUCAUAAACUUUCAUUCGGCCAAUGGGGUGGAAUCGCUAUUGUCUUCGGGGCCAUCGGCUUAGAAGCAUAUGUCAAGAUGUCCGGUCAUGGUAAAGCUAAUUUGAUCAUCGACGAAAAGCAAAAGGCGAAAAUGAAAGAGCUAUAAUCAAACCGCCAAAGGUGUGCAAACCUUGCAUCAAUUUCGACUAUUCGUCUUCGAGUAACAAUUUAGUUGUGGAUUUGUUUGUCGCCAUCAUCUUCGUCUUCUUUCAUAGUUCCUCCUUUUCCUUUUGCUCUUCGAUUUGAUUUCCAAUCAGAUUUCAUCUCGCAUAGAGUAGAUUCUUCACUUGUAGAGUUUGCAUCCUUUUCCUUUUGAUCACAAAGCAUCGCAUAUCGCCAGAUAAGUAAUAGACCCGAAUUGGAUUUUUCUUGAAAA